AUGCACUCCACCAAGUAUGGAGCCAUGAUAGACACCAUCAAUGAAGCCUUUGUGACUGCCAGAGACGAGAUCGAGUAUGCCAAGGAGGCGCUGUUGGACAGCCUGGAGGAGUCGGAGCGAUCCAAACUCCAGCGCUCAAUGGGGCUGAAAAUGGAGCAGCUCAAGGCUGAACUCGAGGUGCUGGACAGCUUGCAUGCUUAA